GUAAAUUGUCAGGGUACGAUUCAAAAAUACGACCAAAAGUUGAGAACCGUCGACAGAUUUAUGCAGGCUACCUCUGAACGCCUAAAAGCCACCGAAACAAAAACGAGUGAGGAUCGCCAGGCCAUGUUAAAUCGAACAACAAUUGUUUUUGAAGAUGUUCAAAUUGAGGUUAAGAAUCUUUCCAUGAAGCAAGAAGACCUCAGUAACUCAGUUUCUAAACUAGAGGGCUGGGCAAGGAAGAUCGAGGGUGAUCAGCUAAAUAUGACAUCAACGCUGGCUUAUGUUAUGGAUACAUCAAAAGAAAAGAAUGAUAAUCGGCAUGAUAAUGGAAAGAGUAUAGUUGCAUUUACUGCGGGCUAUGACCAAUUUUCACAACAAGAUACAACGAGAACCGAUAUGGUAUUCCCAAAGGUCAUCACAAACGUUGGAGGAGGUUAUAACCCACGUGAUGGGAUUUUUACAGCACCCUUUAAUGGAAGCUAUGUUUUCUACACAACCAUUGUGUCCUGGGAUAAUGGAAAAAUAGCGACAGAUAUAGUUUUGAAUGGUAAAAGUCAAGUCAGAACAUUUGCAGAUAGCAGAGGAUUCCAGAACAAAAACCAAGAAUACAUUUACCAAACUGGAACCAACUUGGCUUGCCUAAGUUUACAGUCUGGAGAUAGAGUUUGGGUUAGGAAGUUUUCUGGAGUUGGUUUUAUCGUUCAUCCGGUGCCCAUGCACACAUUUUCAGGAUUUAUGCUGCAUAAUUAACACUUCUGUUUUAAAAAAGAACAUGCCGUUAUUGGUCUUUCCACAUGG